AUGCUUAAUCUGACCUCUUCCCCAGCAUCGACGAAUACCUCUCAAUGGAUCAGUUUUCUGCAUCUCCCACUGCACCAUAAGGGUCAUAUCUCUAGUAUUCGUUGCAUGACAAUGGCCCACACUUUGCUACCGAUUAACACUCAGUCCAGUGCUCUCUGCGCUUCUGAUUUUGCCAAUGACGCCGAUUCUGCUUCCGUUGUGACCAGAUCGCAGGGUAGUAAUGCUGUAUCUAUGAUAUUGUUGACUGGUGGAGGUAGGAGUCAACUUGUGGUCUGGCGUUUGGUGGAUAGCCCCUCCUCUUCUCAGCUGAGACCAGUUUUUCUUGGUCAAGCGCGACUCCAAUCGGGUAAGCUGAGGCCAUUGCAAGGUAUUAUUAGUCGGAAGACUUCAAAACCACCAGCAUCAAACGAACCAGAUAUCCCAGUCUUUGGCAAUGAAGAAGACAAUGGCGGCUGUACAGAAGAAGAGAGUGAAAAUGAUGAGCAUAGCAAUGGAGCCAGUCUGACAUUCACCUUAAUACCAUCAAUGCAACCACAGUACCGGAUGCCGUAUUUCAGUGGGACCAAUGCGUCGGGAUGUAAAGUCUAUCCGGACGUGAGGCUUAUGGCAAUGCAAGCGGUUAUUUUGAAUCGACCACAAGUUUCUUCACCAUCAGUCCAGGACCAACACAUAAUCGUCUGCGUGGCCUGUUCAAAUGGUCACCUUCGCUUUCUGGAGAUCUGUCUGCCUGAUUCAGUGUCAGGUUCAACAAGCGCCUGCUUCUUGCCUCUACCAGAACCCAUCGACCCUCCAGAGCCCGACGGCUGCCAUCUCGACUUGACGACGCUAACUGUUUCAUGUUCCGAGGUUCAAGUCGGUCGGCUUUUGGUCUGCUGGCAGUUGGCUGCCUGCACUACUCGGGGACUCGUGACAGGCUGGCAGGUCUCGUGCUGUGCGGAUCCUCAAUCGGACGGGCCUGGAAAUAAGGGUUCCUGGGUUCAGGAGUUGUCUGCACGUCGAGCCUGGUGCCUCUCCGGCCCUGACCUCUGGAAAGCCGAUGAAACUGAAGCCCGAAAUCCGUCCUCUUUCGCCCACCAAUGCGCCAUCAAUAGCGUUGCGAACCUGGGCCCUCUGAGACACGUCGGUGGCCCAGAACCGCCUGCCAGGCUGUUGGCGGUCGGUGGGGACGACGGUGGUGUUGCUGUUGCUAAAGUCGCCUGGACUCCGCAUUCUCAGUCCGAGUUGCCGGAGGCCGAGUUGUCGCCAGCCUCGGCAGUUUGGCUCGACUAUCAGUGCCAGCAUUACGCAGCUGUGGUUCGAGUGGCCGCUCUUCAUUCGCAAACCAACUGUGUUACUGACAGUAAGAUUGGAAAACUGGUACCUAAAUUCAAUUUGGCAAGUCUGUCGGCGGAUCAGAGGCUUUUAAUCUGGCACGUUGACCCUCCCGGCGACGGCACAUGGGAUGGUUGGAACUUAAGGCCAUUGCGGGACUUGCUCAUCGGCUUAGCAGAUCCGCAUGAACUAGUAGUUGCCUCUCUACCCGGUAUACACCAGACCAUUGUUGAUGGCGAGGAGUCGGAAGCGCGUUAUUAUGCCCUCUGUACAGGCUCCGGACUCUGCUUGACUGAACUGGCCGUAGGAAAGGAUGUCUAA